AUGCUGGUCUGUAAAACCUCGGCUAUUUCAGCCAUAAAAAAGACAAGUUGUAAUAACGCAGCUCUCUGUCUUUCAGAUUUCAGGUACUCAGACUCCACCUUUACCUUCACCUAUAUUGGAGGCUCCAAAAGUGUAUCCUACUCAGUGCAUGUCUCUGAGGAUUACCCAGAUAACACUUAUGUUUCCAGUUCCGAUAAUGAUGAAGAUGUGUUAGUUACGACAGAGCCGAUUCCAGUAAUUUUCCACCAAAUCGCUACAGAAUUAAGAAAAACCAGUGAUGUCAACUACUGCUUAUCCAUAAAAUCAAAACUACAAAGGGAGAAUGGAGAAGAGUCAAGGCACAACAGCACAGUUGAAGAGGACUCUGAAGGAGAUAAUGAUUCUGAGGAAUUUUAUUAUGGCGGACAGGUUAGCUAUGAUGGAGAACUUCACAAGCACCCGCAGCUGGAAGCUGAUUUGACAGCAGUGAGAGAGAUCUAUGGACCUAAUGCAGUAUCUCUCAGGGAAUAUGGAGCCAUUGAUGAUGUAGAUAUUGAUCUGCAUAUUGAUGUUAGCUUUCUUGAUGAAGAGAUUGCUGUGGCUUGGGAUGUGAUUCGCACAGAGCCUAUAAUCGUGCGGUUGCACUGUUCACUGACACAGUACUUAAAUGGUCCAGUGCCAACUGUGGAUGUAUUUCAGAUCUCUACUAAGGAAAGAUUUGGGCUGGGACAUCAGCUGAAAAAAAUCAUGCAGACAUUUGUUACACAACAAUGGAAGAACAGCAAAGAGAAAUCUAAUUGUACGCACAAUAGGAAGGUGUCUGACAAAAAGGUGAAAUCCCCUCUGCACAUCUUUUCUACAUUGCGCAGGUCGCCAAGUUAUCCUCCACCUGGCUGUGGUAAAAAUAAAUCAAAACUUAAGUCAGAACAGGAUGGCAUCUCCAAAACUCACAAACUCCUGAGAAGGACUUGCUCUAGCACAGUGAAGGCGGAAGAUAUGUGUGCCACAAAAUCUCACAGAACCUUUGGCCGCUCGUUGUCGAGUGACCCUAGGGCUGAACAGACAAUGGCUAUUAAAUCGCACAAACUAUUGAACCGUUCUUGCUCUGCAGCCGUCAAGCAGGAGGAGUGCAUCACUCUAAAGUCCCAUAAGCUGUUAAGUAGGUCGAGUUCCGGGGAUCCUCGAUGUGAGCACAACAGCACCUUGAAGCCCCACAAACUUUUAAGCAGGUCCUACUCCAGUAAUCUUAGAAUGGAAGAACUGGAUGGAUUGAAGAAUCACAAGUUACUUAGCAAGACUUACUCCAAUGCCCCUAAAUCUUCCAAAAUGGAUCCUUUCAAGGAGUCCACCAUAGCAGAGAGCAGGAGGCUCUCUCUUACCUCAGGGCUUAUUGGUAUUUUAACACCAUCUUCAUCAUCACCUUCACAAGCUGCUCAGAACUAUGGUGCAAAAUGCAUUCCAGUACGAGACCGUGGCUUUCUUGUGCAGACUAUUGAAUUUGCUGAGCAGCGGAUACCAGUAUUGAAUGAAUACUGUGUAGUUUGUGAUGAACCCCAUGUGUUCCAGAAUGGCCCUAUGCUGAGGCCCACUGUUUGUGAACGGGAGCUCUGUGUAUUUGCUUUCCAAACAUUAGGAGUGAUGAACGAAGCUGCUGAUGAAAUCGCAACUGGGGCUCAGGUGGUUGAUCUGUUAGUAUCCAUGUGUCGGUCUGCAUUAGAGUCACCUAGGAAAGUUGUCAUUUUUGAGCCAUAUCCUUCUGUAGUUGAUCCUAAUGAUCCUCAGAUGCUGGCCUUUAACCCCAGGAAGAAGAAUUAUGACCGAGUCAUGAAAGCAUUGGACAGUAUCACUUCUAUUAGAGAGAUGACACAGGCACCUUACUUGGAAAUAAAGAAGCAGAUGGAUAAACAAGAUCCCCUUGCACAUCCUCUUCUACAAUGGGUUAUUUCUAGUAAUAGAUCACAUAUUGUGAAGCUACCAGUGAAUAGGCAACUAAAGUUUAUGCACACUCCCCACCAGUUUCUACUUCUCAGCAGUCCACCAGCCAAAGAAUCCAAUUUCCGAGCUGCUAAAAAUCUCUAUGGAAGUACCUUUGCAUUUCAUGGUUCACACAUUGAAAAUUGGCAUUCCAUCCUGAGGAACGGCUUAGUUGUUGCUUCCAAUACGAGGCUGCAGCUCCAUGGUGCAAUGUUUGGAAGUGGAAUCUACCUUAGUCCAUUGUCAAGCAUAUCAUUUGGAUACUCAGGGAUGAACAAGAAGCAGCAGAAAGUGUCAGCUAAAGAUGAACCAGCUUCAGGCAGUAAGGGCAGUAAUACAUCACAGUCACAGAAGAAAGGACAACAGUCACAAUUUCUGCAAAGCCGUAACUUAAAAUGCAUAGCCUUAUGUGAAGUGAUAACCUCAUCCGAUCUGCACAAACAUGGAGAGAUAUGGGUAGUUCCCAAUACGGAUCAUGUGUGUACAAGAUUUUUCUUUGUUUAUGAAGAUGGUCAAGUGGGUGAUACAAGUAUAAAUACACAGGAACCAAGCAUUCAUAAAGAGAUUCUUCGAGUCAUUGGCAAUCAAACUGCUACUGGUUAAAAGGACCACUCUUAUUUAAUUGAUGUGAUUUGGAAGCCUUCCUCAGUCUCAAAGCUGGAUUUUGAACUGAAGAAGAUGCAAAAAACCUAAUUUAUUAUUAUUAUUCUAAGCAAAUUAACCCUUUGAAUACUUACUGUUUUCUUACUUAGUAUUUCUUAUCUCAUCAAAAUACCUGACAUGGUAUGAAUUAGCAACUGUAGGGGUGCAAAGUCUAUUAAUAUACUACAAUUAAUAAUAAUUAAACAGGCAUUUGGGUUGCUCACAAUAAACAGACUUUAAAAAGGAGUUUUGUGCUGAUAUUUUUAUAUUAAACUUCAAUUGGAGGUUUUAGUACUGUAUCUGGUAUUUUAAAUUUAGAAUGAAUUAUAAGUGAGGGAGAAGAUUUUAUAGCGGAGCACCUGUAUUAUGCAGGAUACUUUGCAAUAAGUAAAAUAUUCUCAUAUUUAAACACAAUAAAAGGUUGUCUGGAACAUGUCAAAUUAAAAAGAUUGGUUACCUGCAGCUUCUUUGAUUCAUUUUAUUUUACACAAAUGCAGUUAGGGUUUAGAGUCAGAGGUUAAAACAACAAUACAUUUUUUAUUUAAUGAGUGAAACAAAGCAAAAAGUAAUGAAUGGGAUGGUGUUUAGUUUUCUUUAUCUUCUCUGGAAACACUCUUAUCCAUUAAGCAGCUCAAUUGCAUUUUUUAAUUAUACAAACCUCCUGAAAAUCCUGAAGCUGUUAACUUCAUUUUACAAAUUUGGCUUUUAUAUACUAGGUAAUGUGUUCAUCUUAGUGAAAUUGCUCUAAGGUUAAAUUUAGACACAUAUUUAAAAGUACAUGCUGAAUUGAGGCUUUUACAUGACUGAACUGAUUGUUGGUACAUCAGAACAAUCAAAUGCAUCAAAUGCAAAAAUUUACUAAUUUUGGUGAAAUAUUUUUAUUGAUUUAUUCAUAAGAAAAAACAAAACAGUUCAGAUCUCUCUGUGCUUUUUCUAAGUGAGCAUGGUGGCAACACAGGUAGGGAUGGGCCCAGUCUCCAAGGCAUAAAGCAUGUCCUGUGCCCUGAUGAGUGCCCUUGGCAGCCCUUAACAAUAGCUGUCCUGAAGCAUCAGUCACACCCUUGAAUAUGGAGAGCAGUUUAACUUACCUUCUGUAGAACUGUUACAAGCAAACUCAGAAAGCAAAAUUAGACUGAAUCCUCUAUCAUGUUAUUUUCAUAAUAAAGGUACUGAAGCGCCAAAUAACAGCAAAACAGAGCACAGGCGUGUUUGUUUCUUUUAAACAGAACUGCAUUAAAUAUGCAGUAAUGGAUGAUUCUUUCUUUCUAGUUCAAGCUACACUCCCUUCCUUAUUACUUGCUGCAAUCGAAGUUCCAUCCACGUAAAAUAGUGUUAUUUGGUCUAGGAGCACAUACUUUGAGAUGUAUUUUAGCACUCGAGAUUUAUUUGCUGGGGACUUCAGUUUUUCUGGGUUCACAUACAGACUUGUAAAGCCAAUUCUGUUUGAAAAUUGCAUUUUGGUAUUGAAUUUCUGUUGACUUUCACCCCCAUUGGUGGACCGCUAACUUGAGAGCUACUACUCUAAUUGUUAUCUUUUAUGUUGGGACACAGGUUAACUUCUUGAAACAAAGAGGAUUUCUGAAAUUUGUCUUAUCUACAUAAGGACUGCCUUGGGUUGUGUAAGUGUACAAAAUCAGCAUAAUUCAGAAGUGAAGCUGAAGCCCUGGAGUAACCAUCUCUCUAUAAUUUGUCCUGCCAUAUGUGUCUGAAUCACUAUGUUUUGAAUAACAAAAAGAAGCUAGGAAGAAGUCCACAAAGAUAUCCUACGUUGACUUGCUGGACUCAUAGUCUACUACUCUGGGAGGCCUCCUCGAAAAAAUAGGAGAAAAGAAAGAUGACCAUGUGUGAACUGGAGAAGCCAAGUAAGCAGUCAUCUUCCCUGUACCCUCAAGCUGCAGCGGAGUCACAGUGAAUCCCUUGAAGGAAGAAACUUGGAAUGUAGCUAUGGCAGCAAGUUAGCCUUGGUUUGCACGGUGGGGGUCAUGAUACUGGCCAUGCAUAGUGCCAUCAUAAGUACAACCCCUGGAAAGGGGAGGGAAGAUACAUCUCUGCCAAAUUUUAAGACUGCUCAGGGGUUUGUUUUAAAUGGACAAGCAGGAGGAAUGGACAGUGUGGAGGAAAGCAAGUCUCUGAGGUAUAUGUAGGCAUUGCUGUUGUUAAGGUGCCUACUUCAGGGAGUAUUGAAGCGACUGACUUAGGCAUGGGGGAGGAGGGGGAUGGACAAAACUAAAAGACAGAAUGUGAUGAGCUCGGGCAUUACAAAGCAGUGGGAGAGAGGGCAAAACUUUUCAGGGAGAAACGUAGUUCUGAAGAGACCAGCGGUUUGAUGGUAGGAAAGAAAUUUAAAAAAAAAGAGGAACUACCCAAUUAGCAUUAGCAGCUCAGUCCCACACAGUGCAUGGAAGGAAAAGGGAUUGGGAGAAUGAAGCUGCAGUGUGGAGAAACACAGCCCAUGGAGUUAUGAUUAUGCGGCAGCACCAUGCUCAGGGCAACUGGGCCACCUGGGAAGGUGUCAUGCUGUAGGGGACUGUGGAAGGACAAAAGCCCAGUGUGACACAAACAGCAAUUGAAUUAAACCAAAAGUCGCUUUCUACACAGUAACUCGGUCACUUUUUUCUUUAGCCAAUAUAUUAACAAGAAAAUUCUCAGGUGUUACAUUAUCUGCAGGUGAACAUGAGUCUUCAGAUCAUUUAACAAAGUAUUAGUUCUCAUCAUUAAAAGGUGAGGGAAAAGAGGGAGGUUCUUUGAGGGUCUGUUACUCAAAAAUAAAUAGCCCUCCUAUAUCAAACUUCAAAGCUGAAACAAAGCCUUUAUCACCAAGAACUGGAAUGAAAAAGACCAAGGAUGAGAUUUUCUUUGGAGAUUUUCUUUGAAGGAUUUUUCCCUCAUGGUUUUAUCCAAGGGUAGAAGUUGCAUGUUGCCAGAUUGUUCCAAAUACUUACAUUCACAUGGAUUCCAGGGGAUGAAAAAUAAAAAGUCAGAGUCAUCUCAGCAAGGACCUUGUGUUAUCCCCAAAGGCCUUGCAUUUCCCUUCCUCUAUUACCAUGCACACGUAUUGGUGAUAGAGCAUACCUUAUAACUGCUGCUAUAAAGAUGUAGGCUUUCACAGAUCACUUUUAAUCAAAGAAAAUAGAGCCCUAGGCUCUACUAUCUCUUUUGAUAGAAAACUCCAUGAAGCCAUAGCUAUCUAGCUGUGACAAUGUCCAGCACGGAGCAACCAAGGGAAUUCUUGGCAAAGAACUUUCUACCAUCUUCCUAUGUCCCACAGAACAGUACAAGCCCUCAAAGGGGGAAGGUUUGACAGAAAAUUUAUGUUAAUACCUUAAUGUCGCACCCUAAUUCUGAAUUGCCAGAUUUAUACUUCAGAAUAUUUUAAACAUUGACAAAGGAAUAAAAAAAGUUACUUUUAAACCUUUCUUGGUAUUCAGGCAGAUAUGUAGCAUUCAAGGGGUUAAGCAAUUUGAAUUAUCUUCUCUUAUGAUCAAUGAAUUGGCAUAGCUGUUUUCUUCAGCAGUGCUAUACUGUUUUGAUAACCCGAGUCUUUGGCUUCAUAUUACUUAUCAUUAAAUGGCCAGUUUGUGUAAUAUUCUGCUUAAUAUUUUACAGGAACUAGUCAAUGACACCAGAACUGUUUAUAUUUUUCCUCUAAAGCCCUUGAAAACCUGUUAUUGAUGCUAUAUUAUUUUAAUAUUAUAGCCAUUGGUACUAAAAAUGCGUCUGAUGAAUAAUGCUAAGAUUAUGCUUUUGUUAAUACGAAUUUAAGAUCAGUGCAAAUGAAGACUUUGUUCUUAGCAAAAUUACACUCUGUUUAUAUACCACUUACUACCAUGGAAGCAAUUAGCGUACUUCCAACAUGGAUGAGUAUAAAGUGCAAAAAACCCCCAAACCUAAAAGGGACAACUUAAUGAAGAAAUUAAUGAUUUUGAAAGAAUCACUAAAAGAAACCCUAAACAAAUAUAAAACCAGUAUCUAGUUACAUAAGCAUUUUAUUAAUUUAGAUGGAUUUCUUCUCGGCUCUAGAAAACCUAAGCCAGAUGCAAAGAGCAUGAGCCAUGACUGACGGGCAGGUAAUGCUACAGGAGCAAAAGCACUAUGUAAUCUUAGCAUUUUCACAACAGAUAGGUUUGGGGCCUGAUCCUGUGUUGUGCUGGGCACCCAUCAGAGGUGCUGAGGGUCAGGCCCUUGAAUAAACAUAAGUGGUUUUUGUACUAGUCAACCCUCGCUCUCACGUCUUUUAGAAGCUGCUGAGGCAAAGGCCUGUUGUGAUGGGGUCAGCAUGCAGACACCCAUGCGUUGCCUGGCCUGUAGGCCCAGGCAGGAGUUAUCAGGACUCAGCCUCUCCUUGGCUGCAUGAUGGCGGGAUGGCAGCCGUUGUGGUGAGGAGGAAGGGCAGAAGGAGGGGAAGCCCCCAGCAGACAGGACCCAACUGUGCCAUGCAUGGCCCCUCCACCGUCUGCUGGUGCUGUGGCCAUUGUGCUGGCAGCACCGCAACAGCCUGGCUGGUGCUGGCCACACAUCCACUUGGCUCUUAGGGCACAUAGUGUCCUGCAGUGCUUAUUUGCAAAACCGAGGCGUUAAACUGUUGACCUGCGCAAUUACUUCAUUACAAACACUACCUCAAGGUGAAAGACGAGCCUGUUGACUGAAGUGAGCAAGGUCUGUUGUUUGGAGAGUGGUUAAGAUUAUGUGUAGCACUGAAAGUUGCUCAGAAAGGAUCCUGAGUCUAGUCAGCCAGGUCUGUGAUAAUAGUCAAAUUUAAUCUCUGAAGUGCUCAGGAGUAGAGGAACAUCUGUGCUUCAGAAGGGGAUAAAUAAAAAUAGGAACAUUUACUCAAAGCAGAGCAUCAUUCUGUGUGCACGGUGUUGUAUAAAAUGCACAGGGAUGUCACCAGUAUUUUGAAUUUCUGGAUCUAGUUUUGGAAAUGUCAGGUCUGAAAGCACUGACCUCCUCUGUAUUUCCGGGAGUGGCAGUUUUGUGCCCCUGCUCACUAGCUGGAGUAACAGCCACUGAAAAGAGCGGGAGGAAUAAAACACCUUGAGCUGCUGUUUCGUAGUAUUUUGAUUGCGCGCUCCUGCUAAGUUUCAGUCCGCCACAGAAUGACUAUGAUGUAAAUUAGAACCCAUUACACUUUACAGUGGGAUUUUGUAUACAUACUAGGUAUAAGAUUUUUGUAAGAAAAAAGAAAAAAAAAAUAAUUCAAGUAGUUUGUAGAUUAGCAUAUCUAGCGUGUGAAAAACCUGUUGAAGAUUACAUUAAACAUUUACCAGCAAGUCAGUAAAAGUAGUCCUUAUACACAGACUUUCAACAUAAUUUAAUGUUAUAAAAAUAAUUUUUGAAUUUACCCAGUAUGUAUUGUAUCUUUGAAUUUUAAGAAGCAGCCACUCCUUUAUGUAAACAUAAAAUAUGCCUAUGUUUCUUUUAACUCUACAGCCUUUUUUUCUCUAAAUAAGUUUAUUAAAUUCUGUGCACAAACUAGUACUGCAGCCUGCUAUUUAGCCUAUGGUGCCUUAGAGUUACUACAAAUAUUUAACAAAAUGUACAUAAUGUAAAUACUGCCAGAAGAUCACUAAGGCCAAAUAUUUUCUCUAUUCACUUUUUACUGCACUUGCUUUCUAUUGCUAUUUAAGCCUCUUUUAUCCAGCUUUGUAACAGUUAUAACAUUGUAGCCAAUGUAAAUGUUUACUUUCAAUAAA